GUAUGGGUUCAGUGGAUCUGUGGUGGGGAUGGGCUCAGCGGUGGACAAGGGUGGUGGGGUAGUGUAGUGCUUGGUGGAUUUCAUGGUGGUGGCUAUGGCUUGGUAGGCUGUGGUAGACAUGAAGACGGUGUAGUGAAAGAGUUGGAAAGAGAUGGAGACGGUGGUGGUGGCGUCGCUGACAAUUGUCGAUCUUGGUGGCUGGGCAUUGCGACAGAGAUUGUUCUGAGGAGAAGAGAGUAG